UGUCAUUGUACUCUUGAAUGUCGUGGAGCGAAAAUUUGUCUCGUCGAGCGUUACCCUGUUGUUAUUAGUACUUUCAUUUCGACUUCAUCAACAUUUCUACACUUCUAUCCGCUUCAUUUAAAUAGUAUGUUCGUGUUUAAUCAUUUAUUAAUUAUAAUCUCAGUAAAAUUAAGAAACUUUCUUUUAUUUUCAUCGUUGACUGUGUACUUGACAAGUUACAAUCAUCGAUAGCUCAUAUUAUCGGUCUUUGAAGCAGAAUUUGGAUUCUAUUAUUACUCUAUUUCACUAUAAUUGGUUUCAUUAUUGUAAAUAAUUGGUUUAUUAUACAUUUAUUUUUGACUUUAUUUCUGAUGGUUAAAAUUAUUGAAAAUUAAUUAAUUUUAAGUGUUGAGGCUCUCUUCGCGAUUUAUUUUGAAAAUUUCUUAUUUUAUAUGUGAAUUUAGUAAAUUAAAGUUACGAGAUAGAAAAACACUUUUGCAAACGCACAUUAAAAGAAGCAUUUGCUUAUAAAUUAAUGUUUUUAAUUUGAUAUUAAAUUUUUUUGCGUAAAAAGAGGGUGGAUGGGUCGUGGAUAGGGAGGGUUUCCAUUCACAGCAACCUCCACGCGGUGAGACCUGGACAAUCAUUAUUUGAUAUACAAUUACUAAUUGCAUCAUUAUAUAUAUGGUAUAAUUAUGAAUUAUAUAACAAAUAAUACGAGCUGGUUUGCUGUGAUCGCGAUUAUCUUUUUAUGCAGUCCUUGGGUUGUUUCGAAUGUACUCGGAGAACACAUUCUUUUUUAUUUUAGGAAUCAGUAAAGUCAAAUAAAGAAAAGACUUUAGAAAUAGUAUUAUUAAUUCAAAUAAUAUUACAGUACAUUUGAAAUAUGUUGAAUCGAUAAUGUUGGGAAUGAUACUAUAAUGGUAAGGGAAUCCAGAGAGUUGAGUCAAAAGAUUCGUUAUUGAAUAGUAUAUCUAAUCUAUACUUUGUCUGUGGUAAUAGUAUAGUGUUCACAUGGAAUGAGAAAUAUUUACGUAGAAAAAUUUCUCUUUAUUGUGACGUUAUUUCAUUGCAUAAAAUUACUAUAAUUUCUAAGUUAUUUUUUAAAUUAAUGAUUAUAAAUAAUGCAUAAAUACAGUGACAGCUGCAAAAUGAAAUAUUUAGUUGCUUAAAUUUUCUUAAAUAUUUAUUUUCUUAAAUUAAAUGUUUAUUAGUAUGAAUUUCCUUAAUAAUGCAAUGUUGGAAAAAAAUUAUUUUUUUUAAAGUACAUUUUUGACGUUCGAAACUAACCUCUAUACGAAUGAAAGAAACAUCUGUGUUUUUUUCAAUAAUAAAAUUAGACCUUAUUUUUUUAAUUGAUCGUGAAUCAUGAUUAAAGCUAUUUUAGUAUUUAAUAAUCAUGGGAAGCCUAGACUUUCUAAAUUUUAUCAAUACUUUAAUGAGGAUAUGCAACAACAGAUAAUAAAAGAAACAUUUCAAUUAGUUUCGAAGAGAGAUGAUAAUGUUUGUAAUUUUCUAGAAGGUGGAAGUUUAAUUGGUGGAUCCGAUUAUAAGUUAAUUUAUCGGCAUUAUGCUACAUUAUAUUUUGUAUUCUGUGUUGAUAGUUCAGAAUCAGAAUUGGGAAUCUUAGAUUUGAUACAAGUUUUUGUUGAAACAUUGGAUAAAUGUUUUGAAAAUGUAUGUGAACUCGACCUUAUCUUUCAUGUAGACAAAGUUCAUUAUAUUCUCAAUGAAUUAGUGAUGGGUGGAAUGGUUUUAGAAACCAAUAUGACUGAAAUACUUACAAGAAUUGAAGAUCAAAAUAAAUUGGAAAAACAGGAGGCAGGAAUCACAGCAGCGCCGGCGCGUGCUGUUUCUGCUGUCAAGAAUAUGAACAUACCACAACAGAUAAAGGAUAUGAAGUUGCCUGAUUUACCACAAGCUAUAAAAGAUCUCAAAUUCUGACCAGCCGUUACUUCGUUGGCUCCAAGCUGACUGAUUUCAACCACAAUCCCAAAUGCAAGUGAUACUACAAGGGUUUUUUUCCCCUCUCUUCAAGUGAAUGAGAAUGCACCAAUACUGUCCACAAAUUCUUCAUACAUUUCACCUCAACAGUAUCAGAGUUAAACAAUGAAGAUUCUCAAAGAAGAGGAUUUGUACCAUGAAAUUUGAAAAAUUGUAUCUGUAGCUAAACAUAAGGAUCUCUGGAGUGUUGAAAGUAUUAAAUUCAAUACAUGAAAGAAGGUAAAAAUUUAUAAAUCUAAAAAUACUGAUACUAUAUUUUAUAGAGAUUGUAUUAUCAUAUCUAGUGUAAUAUUAUGAAAUUGCAUUUUCAUUAUUAUAUCUAAAGUAGUAUAUUUAAUGUUAACUCAUUACUGAACACUUCCAUUCUAUUAUUUUCAAAGAUAGUAUUAAAUGAUAAUGUUAUAUUGUAUCAAGCAAAGUUGUAAUAAAUAUUGCAAUAAUAUAUA